UAAUCAGUCAGUGUGUCGCGUCUAUGGGUGGUGUUAGUACGUGUCUUUUUCAACUCCCGGCCUGACAGACUGUGUGUGUUAUUUAUUUAUUUAUUUAUUAUUAUUAUUUUUUUUUUGUAUAACCACGCCUACACAGUGGCUGCCAAGGCUUACCCAUGAGUUAAACCUUCUUUAGUUGGUAAUUAGGAAGGCGUGGGCUCUAGCAGUGGAUACCCGAAGGCAGCAGUGGGUGAAAACAAGCAAAAUGAAGAAAAGUUUGGCUGUGAGAAGGUGCUAGACAGCCAGCCAUAGUGACGCGGAGGCAGUGAGGAUCACUAUCACCAUCACCACCACAGGGAAGGCAUCCAGACAAAAACCCGAGUCCUGACGCCAGCUCCAAGUUCAUUGAGAUAAACCAGGCAUAUGAGCUCCUCAUGGACCCCGAGAGGCGGCGUAUUUUUGACACAACUGGACAGACAGAGGACCAGCCCAAUUUCCGAAAGACUUACGACUACUCCUCCUAUGGUCGCUUUGAUCCAUUUGACAACAUCUUCAGCAAUUUUGGCGGCAACUUCCACUUCAAUUUCAAGCACGGCGAUGGGACGAAUAUUUACAUGAAGCAGUCGAUCACAUUUAAGUCGUACCAAAACUCCAUUGUACACCUGAGCAAGAAGCAGCCAUACCUCAUCCUGUUCUACGCUGUGUGGUGCGUCGCCUGUGCACACAUCGAGCCCAUCUGGAAGAGACUCAAUGAGGAGCUGGAGCCCAUAAACUUCGGCAUGGCCACGGUUCAUGCUGAGAGGGAGGUGGAGCUGGCUAAGAAGAUUGGGGUGAAGACAGUCCCUUACCUGGUGAUGCUCCUUGAUGGCCACCCUUACCACUACACUGAGCCCUCCGUCAGCAUGGUAUCCUCCGUUGACUUCAUCCGCAGCAAGUUCCCAAACAGACUGGUGCAGCGGGUGACAGAGGGGAACCUGGAGUCCUUCCUGGGUGGCUGGCUGGACAACAAGGUUCGAGUGUUGAUCUUUGGACGGCUGGACAUCAUACGGCUGCGCUACCUCACUGUCGGCUGGGAGUUCAGGGAGAGAGCUGUCAUAGGGUACGUGCAGAUGGACCGGGCAGAUACAGACAGCAUCCGGGCGCGGUACAGUGUGUCCAACAAGGUGGAUACACUGCUGGUGUUCCACGAGGACAUGCACACCCCCGUGGCAUCCGUGGCCAUGACUGACCUGCCCUACCCCACCAUGAGGGACAUCAUUGAGGGCAACAAGUUCCUGGUGCUGCCGCGUCUCUCCUCGCAGUCUGUGUUUGAUGCGCUGUGUCCUGUGGAGUCUGUGAGGUCACGGCGACGUCUGUGUGUAGUGCUGGUGACCCAAGACGACCCCUCACACGACCCAAGCCGAGCGGCACUGCGGGAGUACGCCAUCAGUGACCAGGCCAGGGAGAGGGACAGGGUGCGCUACACGUACCUCUUCAGGGAGAAGCAAGUGGAGUUCAUGAAUGCCCUGACUGCUGCGUCCGGCUCUCCACUUGAGACAAACCACCACAUUGUGAUCCUGUGGCGCAAGGACCAGAACCACCUCAAGUACGAGUGGCUGGAGGGUGGCUGGGAGGUGGAGCCUGACAAGCAGAACGCAUCCCAGGAGUCUCUGAGGGCAGCAGUGCAGAGACUCCUGCACUCCAAUGAGCCCAUGCCAUAUGAGACUGUGGUGCAGGAGCUGUUUGAUGAGCACGCACAGGGCAUCGUGUGGCGGAUCAUCAACAAGCUGGUGUCUGUGCAGGACUAUCUCAGGGACAACGUGACGGAGGACGAUCUGCUGCCGGCCGUGUCCAUCCUGGUGACGGUGCUGUUCAUCGUGGCAGGCGGUUACAUCAUGUCCUACCUCGUGAGGCUGGAGGAGGAACGUGUGGCCAAGUCCAACUUUACAUACGUCGACCAGAGCGGCAAGACAACCCUCCAGCCACAGCUCAGAGUGCAUGAGCUGCGGGGGGAGACAUACAAUGGGCUGGUGCGCAUGCUGAAGCCUGGCUGCCGCACACUGGUCAUGCUGUGUGACUCAGAGAGCAAGUCGAAACUCAUGCCAAAGUUUCACACUGCUUGUUGGCCCUACAGGAAAAACAAGACGUUGAUGUUUGCGUUCCUGAACAUUGAGAGAGCCUCAGCAAUGGAGUGGUACAAGCGCAUCCUGGUGCUGGGUCUGCCAGAGCCGCGGGACCUCAACAUCAACCCCAAGAACACCAUCGGCACCGUCAUCUCCCUCAACGGCCACAGAAAGUACUACUGCCUCUUCCAUGCCAAGCACCCUGAGGGAGCGUAUGGGCUGCACCCCGUUCCAGGGACAGCUGAGAAAGAGGGUCUCCGCCGGAGGCACCCCCGCUCUGGCAUCAGUGGAGACUUCAUGGGCUUCAGCGACAAUGAGUCCGAGUCUGAGGCAUCGGAUGCCGAGGUGGGAGACAAGAAGAAGGAUUCCAUCUCCUCAAACAGACCUCUGCUGAACUACUACAGCAACAUUCUGUUUGAGGAGCAGCUGCUGGAGGGCCUCAGUAACUGGAUGGAUCGGCUCUUUGAGGGCAGCACGGUCCGCUACCACAUCAACUACUGGCCGGACUGGCCUGGGAAGUAGUGUGGUGCCACACUGUAUGCACCCUAUCUUUUAUUCAGGCCAGUAACGUACUUGUUCAGACAGAAUUUUUUCCUCUGUGAUGCAGGUGGUCGUCACUUUUAUCAGGUGUGAAUGAUAUUUUCAUUUACUUCAUUUUAUAAUGGUACUAUUUAAUAGCUAAUAAUUUUCAUUGAGAGACAGUUUAGUCCCCAUUAGUGUAAGUCCUUGAGGGUGGUGGCACAGUCUGUGGCACUCACUGAGGCACUCUUGGCUGUCGCUGAGAGGCUGUGCAUGAUACAUUCCUUCCCAACAUUACUCCAUAGUGUACAAAUUGUAAUGUUUAUCAAUAUACUGCAGUUGUUUGCGUGAGUGACGGAUUGAAGCACUAGUCAUCCUCUGUAGUGCCCUCUUUGUUUAUAUCACAAAUAAUACUUGAAAGACAUACUAGAUAAAACAUAGCGAAUCAUAGACGACGUGAACCUGUUACUUUUUAUAAGAGCUAUAGCUUUCAUUAGACUUUGAAUACAUAUAGGAGUUGCCAUAGUGAUAGUUCAGAUUAGCCUUACUAUAUUUCAUGCUUAUAAGCAGCAUAUGAAAGCACCUCUGAUGAUUUAGCUAAGGCUCUCAUGCAGAUCAUAGUGACGCCAUUGCAGCCUGUGUUCCUGUGUGCUGUGCUGUCUUUGUUCAGUGACGCGAGGUGCUUGUGAUAGCGGGUGGCAGCGAACUCUCACUCAAGGCCCAGUGUUACUAAAGAAUACAAGGUCAGUAAAUAUAGGAUUAUUGAGAUAUUGGAGAAGGAAAAGCUGUAAAGGAAAGUCAUAAAGAAAAUUCACAAAGAAAAAAAAUCAUAAUGAGAAUCAUAUAAAAAAGAUAUAAGGAAGACAUCAUACUGGAAAUCAUAAAAAAAAAAAAUGUUAAGAAAAAUCAUUCAGAAAAAUUAGAAAGCCUUAGAAAUUCAAAACAGAUCCUGGGUUUAGCGAAUUUAGAAUAAAGGGAGAUUAAUAAUAUCGGAAAAUGUUCAUUGUGUUAUCUUUUAUGUUGUGAUUUUCGUAUGAAGACUAAAAUGCAAUGGAAAUUUUGUGUUAUGGUUGAAGUCAUGAAAGCUGUCUUGUAUUUUGCAUCCUUCAUUGAUUCUCUCCUAUUUUUCCAUACUCUUUUAUGAGUUUUAUUUAAUUUUGCACAUUUUAUUAUAUUUUCCCUCUUACGUCACUUCUGUUUAAUUUUUACUCUUCAUUAAUUCCCUUUUAUUUUUCCUCUUUUGUCAGUGUUAUUUUAUUUUAUGCUCUUCAUAAAUCCCUCUUACUUCUCCCUCUUUCAUCAGCGUUAUUUUAUUUUACACUCUUUAUCAAUUCCCUAUUAUUUUUCUUCCUUUCAUCAGUGUUAUUUCAUUAAACACUUCAUUUAUUCCCUUUUAAUUCUUCUUUUGUCAUUUCUAUUUUAAUUAUUCUUCUCCUUAUCAUCCAUGUAUUUUUUAAUCUUGUGGUCUGACGUACCACAAAACGAGAAAUUAGUAGUGAUAUUUCUCCAGGUCGUGUGUUCAUCCAUCUCAGAUCACGACGCUGUCUUUAAAGUAAUAACCUACAUGUGAGCUUUAGUUUGGAUGGAUCAAGUGCUUUUCCCUUUACAAAUUCUGUCACAAAUGUGUUUCUACGGCUUUCUUGUGCAUAUGGAGAGUUUUGAUGUCAUUGAUGUUAUUUUAUUGAUAGAAUAUGACGUAUUAGUAGAUCUUGUAUGCUGUUUGUUUAUGAAGACAUGUUUACCAAAGAUGUAUGAGUGUAUGUGCAAUAUUUUUAAUUCAUGUUACUUCUAUUAUUAUUAUUAUUAUUAUUAUUAUUAUUAUUAUUAUUAUUAUUAUUAUUAUUAUUAUUAUUAUUAUUUACUUCUAGAAUUUACAGGGGGUUUGAAAUAAUGGCUUUGAUGUUUUAGCAAGUAAGGAAAUAAUUCUACAAGGCCGACAAAACAAGCAUCAUACAUCAGUCAGAUUCUGCAAUUGAAAAUAUAAGAAGACAGACUCCUCUCACCCUAUCACCAGAAAAUAUUACACUGAUAUUUCUACGUAAAAUAAAAAUGACACCAGAAAAUUGACUGUGAUGUGUUAGUUCUAAUUUCUGCAGCUGCAAAUGUAGAAAUGAAGACUAUCACCCAAGAAACAUGAUGAUAUGGAGUAAAAAUGAAGAUACCUUAAGAAAUACAAUACUCAAGGCCUCAUUUCAUCCCCCACUCCAUGAAAGUCUAAAAAUGUAGACUUAUCACCAAGAAACUAAGGAGUAAAAACCAAGAUACCACAAGAAACACAACACCCAAGUCCUCAUUUCAUCCCCAGCCCUCUGAAAAUGUAGAAAUAUAGACUCAUCACCAAGAAAAUAAGGAGUAAACACAAAAUACUACAAGAAAAAAAUACUCAGUUCCUCAUUUCAUCCUUAACUGUACCUAGCAUCACUUACCACCCAAGAUAUGGAAUAAAGAUCAAGAUACCAUACAUGUGACACUCAAGUCCUCAUUUCAUUCCUCGCUCCACCUAGCAUCACGUAGACUCGUAAAGGGCAAUGCCACAUCAGUAGCCGCAGUUCAUUAAUACCAGCCCUAUCUUCACGUAUAGAACCACAGCAGACAAAUGUACGAGUAGCAGUAGCAGUGAGGAAUUAUUGACAAGAUCGUAGGAGACGGAGUAUCUGUCGGAUUAUGCCCCGUAUUCAGAGAUGCUUUUCUUUCUCACCACAACAAUUUUUAGAGGCCACACAGAUGAUUAGCUGGGUUUUCAAGAGUGUUUCUCCUUUUGUUAACAUAAAAAUCUUAUCAGUCUACCAAUAAAUAUAUAAAAACAUCCUUAAAUUCCCACGUAACUUCAACUAGAGCCUCUUAAAAGUAUUGGAGGUGUGGCACAGAAGUUUUUCAGAAUAUGGUCCUAUCUGUCAUCUACACUGCCCAGCUUUGCCUAACCGAGGGUCAUUCUCUCCUGCACCCUCCCUCCCUCACACGUGCGGGUCACUUGCCUACCAUUCAUGUUUGCUGUCCCUCCGUUGUUGUUGUUGUUGUUGUUAUACUAGUUACCGUGGAUGCUCCUGGUCCUGUACAGCUCCUGCCCCAAGUGAUGCUGUGGAUUUCCAAACAGUCAGGCUUGUGUUUUGAUUUGUGUUCUUGCAAGAACUGUUUUGAGAGGUUAGAGAGAUGGUUAGUCUGGUUCUUUGUACGUUUUAUUCAUGGUAAUGCAGGAUUCUGCAAAUUCAUCUUUUGGUUGAAUUACUACAUACUAGAAUUGUUGAAACAUCUUUGAAAGCCAAAUAGUUUUCAUUAGGCUCGCAAAAUUAUCAGUAGAAUCAUGAAAAAUCCUUGAAAACUUGUUAAAUUAACACUAGAACCUGCUAAACUGUCAGCAAAACCUUAAAAUUACCCUUGAAAACCCUCAUAAAUUCUACUAAACCUUAUCAAACUACUCGUAUCACUAGAAUCAUGAAAACACCCUUGAAAACCAUAAAAACUUGUAGUGGACCCUGUUAGAAGUUGCUGAGAUAAAACAUCAAAACAUAUACUAACAUGGUCCAUAAUCUGAUGCAAUACAGCAAAUCAGUUAGAAGGAAGUAGUACAGGGUCUUAUGAAGGAAAAAAAUAUGGAGAUCUUGUAAUACAGUCUUUAAUCUGGUAACAUUCUGGUAAGUCAGUUGAGAGGGAAAUAGUGCAGGGAAAAAAAAAUUAUGGAAAUCUGCUAAUACAGUCUAAUCUAAUGAUGACACAUACAGUUAAUUAAUUGAGAGGUAAAUGGUACAGACUCUUAUGAAGGAAAAAAAUAGCAAAAUUUGCUAAUACAGUUUGAUCUGGUAACAAUACCUACAGCAAAUCAGUUGAGAUGAAUAGCACAGGGUCUUGUGAAGGAAAGUGACGGAAAUCUGCAGUGUUGCUUCUGGCCUGAGUUUUACAUAGGAGUUUGUUUUGAGCCCUUAACAUUACCAUCUGCCAGGGGUCCACUCGAUGCUGGGCCACGUCACUCGAGAGCCAGUCCUAUUUCUCCUUGGCUGUGAGGAUUCUGUGUGGAAGUCAAUGUAUAACUCAGCUCCUCCAUUACUGCACCCUGGGUUCAUUAGUACCUCUGGCCACUCACCUUACCUAGCUUAAUCCAACCUGUCCUAAUGACCUGACUUAUCCUACCUUACCCAAACUAAAUAUAAUCCAACCUAACCUAACCUAACUUAAUCUAAUCCAACCUGACCUAAUCUAAUCCAACCUAACUUAACCUGACCUAACUUAACAUAACCAAACCUAACCUCACCUAACCUAAUAUAACCAAACCAAACCUAACCUGACUGCCCUAACCUAACCUAUCACUACUGAAUUUAAUUGCUGAAUGCAUACAUAGUGUGAUAGGAUAAUGUUUAUAUAAUACACAUGUAGCAAAUCUAUACAUAUCUAGGAUAAUUUUUACGAAUAAGGUCUCUUUUUUUUCUUGUUAGAUGAAAAACUGAAUACCAUUAUGUCUCCAUUGUAAAUAUUUCAGAAAUCAUUGUACGUAUCUAUAUUGACAUGCCUCUGAUAUGUAUCCACACUUAGGCAAGAAAGUUCAAAGCAGAUGAAUGGUUCGUCCGUCUGCUAGGUAGGUUCAUUCAGGAUCUUCUCUAGACAUAAGAGUGAAUUUAGGCACCAUCUUCAUUUUGCCUUGUUUUACUCAUUGCCACUGGAAAAGCCUAUAAAUUCUAAAGCAGAGAUUAGCAUAGAAUAUCUAUGCUAAAAAUGAAGAUCUGUUAAUCUUAGGCACCAUUUCCUUUAUUAAGUCUUGUUUUCUUGAUUUUAUUUUACUCAUUGCCACUGGAAAAGCUUAUACAUUCUAAAGCAGAGGUUGGCAUAUAAUAUCGGUGCUAAAAAUGAAGAUCUGUCAAACUUAGCACCAUUUCCUUUAUUAAGUCUUGUUUUCUUGUUUUAUUUACUCAUCGCCACCAAAAAAGCUUAAAAAUUCUAAAACAGAUUGGUGUAGAAUGUCUGUGCUAAAAAUGAAGAUCUGUUAAACUAAGGCACCAUUUCCAGUGUUGAUUCUUAUUUUCUUGCUUAUUUUCUUUUCUCAUUGGCACCAGAAAUCUUAUUAUUUGCUCUUCUUUACUCACUGCCACCAAAAUCUUAAUAAUUCUAUGACAUAAAUUGGCUUAGAUUGUCUGUGCUUAGAAAUAGAAAUCUCUUAAAUUUGGCCACCAUUUCUUGUACUGAUCCUUAUUUUCUUGCUCUUUUUUUUACUCAUUCCCACCAAGAAAUAUUAUCAAUUACUCUUUUUUUCUCAUUGCCACAAAAAAUUCCCAUCAAUUUUAAAACAAAGAUUGCUUUAGACUUUAGAAUGUCUGUGCUUAGAAAUCUUUUAAACCCAGGCACCAUUUCUUGUAUUGAUCCAUAUUUUCUUAUUCUUUUUACUCAUUCCCACUUAGAAACCUCAUCAAAUCUAUAACAGACUGGUUUUGAAUGUCUGCAGUCCUUGGCUUGGUGCUUGAAACUCAUUCAGUUCAAUUUAAUAAGCUGGCAAGGAAACUGGAGGAUUAGGUGACGUGUUUUGGCUGUCCCAUCUCUGGCUUGAAUAUAGAGAUCCUGCUGCACAUUUCAAUCUGACUUGGAAUAGAAGGUGAUAAGGGUUGUUUAGUAAAAAUCCUGUUUAGUAAAAUCCUGCUGCAUAUUCUAAUCUAACCAGGAACAGGGGAAGUGAUAAGGGUCCUUUAGUAAAAUCCUGCUUCACAUUUUGAUCUGGGUAGGAACAGGGAAAGAUGGUAUAUAAGAGUUUUGUAGAGGUCUUACUUCAGGAUUAGCAGGGAAAGAAGGUUAUAAGGGUUUUGUUAUAAGGUCCUAAACACUUUCAUAUGAUUAAGAAAAGGAAAGGGGAUGUGUAAAUAUUUCUUUUCCAUCUAUGCAGUGAACUCUUUUCGUCAAGCUGAGAUGCAUUUGAAUACCUUGGUAGUAAAUAGAGGCACUCAUUCCCAUGGACUGGAGAAGCUGAGGGCUCAUAGUAGUUUUCAUGUGCUCCCUCCAUACCACUAACCAAAGUCCUGUUGUCUCCAAAGGUGCCAGAAAAAUAUUUUGUACCCUGUUUGUAAAAGUUUAUAUGAAUGGAUAGUUUGUUUUUCGUGUCAUAUUUAUAACGUGUGCAUAGUUUUUCUUUUUGUCGUAUUUAUAAUAUGUGUGUAAACGGUUCUGUUCUUCGUACUGUUGUGUUAUUGGGUGUUACUGAAAGCUUGUUCUCCAGAGUUUUCUUUUUUGACGUAUUUAUAAUGUGCGUAAAUGGUUCUGUUACUCGUAUUGUUGUGUUCUUUGGGUGUUACUGAAGGCUUGUUCUCCCUGUGUGGUGUUCUUUGACUGUUCACUUGUGUUACGGGCGGCCAGUGUUUAAUCUGUUAAGUCACUGAUGUGUUUAGUGUAAGGAAACGCAUCAAGUAUUUUAUUUACUACGAUUAUGUUGUGAUAUUUUAAAAAAGCCUUGAGAGAAUUAUUACUCUUUAAUACUUUUUUAGAUGUGUUAAGUGGAUUAUUUAUUCUGCUGUGAACUAGUGGAUGUGUGAGUUGAAGUUUAUGUUGAUAUGGGAAGAACAUGUAUGAGAUUGCAUGUUGUAGUAGACAAAGUUUAAUUAAAUAUCUCACAGUUUUGAAUCCCAGGUGGACAAAAUUUAUUUAUAAUUUUGGAUGAAGCAAGACACAUGUUUUAUAAGGAGUGAAAAAUUUACUGGGUAUAGUCUUGCUGUCUGCUGGAGAAAAGUGGAGAAAGGUUCAUCACAGUUUUGAAUACCAGGUGGACAAGAUUUAGUUAUAGUUUUGGAAUGAAGCAAGACUGGAAUGUGUUUUUAAUAAGGAGUGAAGUGAAAAGCUUACAGGUCUUGCAGUCUGUAGGAGAGAAGAGUGGAGGUAUUGAGCUAAAUUUGUCAGUUUUGAAUCUCAGGUGGACAAGGUUUUAAUUAUAACUUUGGAAUGAAGCAAUACUGGGAUGUUUCAUGACAAGAAGCAAAAACAUCACAGGAUAUACAUAGUCUUGCUGUCUGUAGGUGAAAAGCGGAAAAAUUGGCCUAAAUACCAAUUGGACAAGGUUUAGUUGUAACUUUGAGAUGAGACAAGACUCAGGUGUUUUAUGACAAGAAGCAAAAAGGUUACAGGAUAUAGUGUUACUGUCUGUAGGAGAGAAAAGUGGAAGAAUUAACCUAAAUUUAUUGUUGAUUUGAAUGCCAGGUGGACAAAGUUUGGUUAUAAUUUUGGAACGAGAUAAGACUGGGAUGAUUUAUGAUAAGGAAUGAAGUGAAAAGUGAAAGAAUUGAGUAAAAUUUGUCAUAUUCUUGAAUCUUAGGAAGAAAAGAUCUAUUAGGAGAUAUUUUACUGGAUUCUUAAUUAUUUGCAUAAAAAGUGCCAAAAUUCUCACUGUUUUGACUUUUUAUGAUAGAACUUCAAAACCUAACCUAACCCAAUAGAAGAAGUAUUUGCCGAGUGCUGCAAAACUUUUACCAUAACAUAAAAUUUAAGAAAAGAAAAGUGGAUUCUUAAUAUUCCCUGUAUAUGAGAUGGAUAAUCUAGUCAUGAAAUAGAUCUGGUAUAGCAAAGUACAGGACAAAGUCUUGGUUCAUGCCAACUAUGCCAACCAGUCAAUUCUGUGGUAGGUAUAUGUGCAAUGAUUUAAGUCAGGAGUACAGCAUUGCCAGAAAUCUUAUUUCUUCCUCUCUUUAAGUACAGGGAUGGAAAUCUUGGUUGUUAUUAGUUAUACCAGUCAGCAAAUUCUGUGGUAGGUGUGUGUGCAGUGAAUUCAAGUUUUAAAUGUUAUACCAGUCAGGAAACUCCAUGGUAGUGUAUGCAAUGAAUUCGAAUCUUAUAUUGGGAAUGAAGCAUUGUUUUAUCCCUCUCUUUAAGUGCAGGGUUCUUAUGUUAUACCAGUCAGCAGGUCUGCUCUAGUGUGUGCAAUGAAUUCAAGUCUAAUACUGGAAGUAAAGAAUCAUCAUUUGUCCCUUUUUUAAAGUGCAGAAGAAAAAUCUCAGUUCUUGAAUACAUUGUGGGUUGGUAAACUCUGUGCUUGGUGUGUGUGUGUGUGUGUGUGUGUGUAUGUGUGUGUAAUGAAUUAAAGUUAUGUCAGAAAUGCAUUAAUAUUGGUUGAUUGGCUGUCCCCCUCUACAAGUACAGUGAAGGGCAUAAAUCUUGGUUCUUGCCAGUUAUAUCAGUCAGCAAGCCCUGCUCUAGUGUGUGGAAUGAGUUUGAAGCCUUAUAUCAGGAAUGCAUUUUCAGUUGUCCCUCUCCAAGUGCGGGGCAGAAGAAAAUUUCAGUUCUUGCAAGUUCUGCUCAAGUAUGUGUGCAGUGUCAUUCUAAGUCUGAUGUUGGGAAUAUAUUAUCAUCAGUUGUCCCUCCCUCCCUCUCAUCACAACUUCCAGUGUAGCACAUUGAUUCCUGUACAGACACCACCCGUGGCUGGAAAGUUUACGUUCAAGUGAAAUAUAUUAUUCUACUUUCGAUUUGUGUGCAGAUUGUUGACUCAAAAUAAACUAUACUGCAUGUU